AUGGCGACACUGCAAGAACGACACCCGCACGCCUAUGUGGCAGCAAACCAAGAUCCUCGUACGAGGAAACGUACGGUGCCGAUGGAAGUCCUCAGCUGCAAUAUUUCGAGAACCGGCACAAUGUCCAUGAAAGCGGCCUUCGAAAUCCUCGGCCUCCCUACCUGGCACCACGUCGAGAUGAGCGCCAACCCUCCGGACAUGGACAUGUGGAGCGAUGCCUUCAUUCUCAAAUAUGACCCCGCCCUCGCCACACGCAAAGGCCUGAAACCGUUCGGCCGCAAAGAAUGGGAUAAUCUGCUAGGGUAUUGGAGUGCCACGACCGACCAACCCGCCGCCUGCUUCACCGAAGAGCUCGUCGCCGCCUACCCUGAAGCGAAAGUCAUCCUCGUCGAGCGGGACGUCGACGCCUGGUUCAAGAGCUAUUGCGAAGGCGUCAUUGAUAAUGUGUACAACCCCUGGAUCCCGCUAGCCAGCUACCUCGACUCCCAUUACAUGGCGCGGAUCUGCCGACAAACAGACCUCUUCAGCACGCACUACUUCGGCGUCACCAUCCCACGCGCCACCGGCCUGUUCAACAACCCCGACUCGAAGGCCAUGUACAUCGCCAACGCCAAGAAAGUCUACAUCGAGCACAUGGAGAUGGUGAAGCGAGUCACGCCCGAGGAGCGACUGUUGGUGUUUCGGAUCGAGGAAGGGUGGAAGCCGCUUUGUGAGUUUUUGGGGAAGCCCGUGUCGGAUGUGCCGUUUCCGAGGGUUAAUGAGACGGCGGCCGUGAAGGAGAAGGUGCAGGUGUAUAUUGCGAAUAGUUAUAGGAGGGCGGCGACGAGGAUGGUGGUGAGGGUGCUGCCGGUUUUGCUCGUCGUGGCUGGGGUUUUGGCGUGGAGGUGGAAGGGGCGGUGA